CCUGUCAGCUCUCCGCACACCGUCUUCAUCCAGCAGAGCCGCAGGGAUAAUGAUCGAUAUUUUUGUCGACUUUGUGCUCGGCUAAACCGGAUCGGAAAUAUUUCUUUGGUUAACUAUUUUACAUUUGUUUGUUUUUUUUGAAGAUGGAAUUACACAAAAGCAAUCACAACAGGGGAAUUGUUUGUUCGGUCGGCUGUCAGAAGUCAUUGUGAGGAGGCUUCAAACAGGCCAACGGAGCCGAAAACAACAACAUGGCAAAAAUCGGGAGUGAAAACUCUUUUUUAUCAAGACAACGGUUGUCCAAGAAGACGCCUGAUGAGGAGCUCGCUGUCAUUGAAAAUGGAGACAGCAGGGCUCACUCACUUUGUGAAGAAAACUCUGAGACGGCGUUGUCUUCAGAGUCCCACAGAGACUUAUUUACAGGUGCUGGGGCCAUGGCCAGGCUCUCUUACAUCUUCUUCAUGCUGCGAAACUGGGCGUCCCACAGAGUGAACCCUGAAAUAGAGAGGCAUGACUCUUUUCUUGAGCGCUUCAGAGGCCCUGAGCUCAAAGACAUCUCCAGUCGAGACAGCAAUGCCCAGUCUCACGGCACGUCAAUCCUUAAGAGAAAUCUUGCGAGUAAGUGGCCGCUGGCUACAUACAACAUGAAUAACUGCAACAACACAGACGACAAAAAAGACGAGAUUAAAAAAGAUGAUAAAAAGGAGGAGGAGAAGAAAGAUGAAAAGAAAGAUGAGGACAAGAAAGAAGAGGAGAAAAAAGACGAGAAGAAAGAUGAGAAAAAGGAUGAGAAAAAGGAUGAGAAGAAAGACGAGAAGAAAGACGACAAGAAGGAUGAUAAAAAAGAUGAUAAAAAGAAAGAGGAGCCACCGAAAGAAAUCUGGAUUAUGGAUCCAGCUGCAGACCAGUACUACAGAUGGCUGACCGUCAUUGCAGGCCCAGUAUUUUACAACUUGAUAAUGAUCGUAACGAGAGCCUGUUUUAAUGAACUCCAGGACACGUAUACAAAGCUCUGGAUAGUCCUAGACUACGGCUCGGAUGCCAUAUACUUCGCAGACACGUUUGUUAGGUCAAGAACAGGUUACUUGGAACAAGGCCUGCUGGUAAAAGAUUCAAAGAAACUGAGGGAUAAAUACAGAACAACAUCUCAGUUCAAAUAUGAUAUGAUCGCAAUGAUACCAACUGAUCUGCUGUUUCUGAAAUUUGGCUUCAACAACCCGGAGUUCAGAUUCAAUCGUCUUUGCAAAAUGUCUAGGCUUUUUGAGUUUUUCGAGCGGACUGAAACCAGAACGAGCUUCCCCAACAUGUUUCGUAUCAGCAACCUCGUGCUUUAUAUCCUCAUCAUUAUCCACUGGAAUGCUUGUUUGUUUUUUGCCAUUUCGAAAACCAUUGGUUUUGGAACAGAUACAUGGGUGUACCCCAACAUCAGUCACCCGGAGUACGGCCGACUGGCCAGAAAGUACAUUUACUCCCUGUAUUGGUCCACACUGACCCUCACCACUAUCGGAGAGACCCCUCCACCAGUCAGGGAUGUUGAAUUCCUCUUUGUGAUUUCAGAUUUCCUCACUGGUGUGCUCAUCUUUGCUAGUAUCGUCGGUAACGUCGGUGCCAUGAUUUCCAACAUGAAUGCCUCUCGGGCUGAGUUCCAGGCAAAAAUUGACUCGAUUAAACAGUACAUGCAGUUUCGAAAGGUCACCAAAGACUUGGAGGCCAGAGUCAUUAAGUGGUUUGACUACCUUUGGACAGAGAAGAAGACCUGUGACGAGAAGGAAGUAUUGAAGAACCUCCCAGACAAGCUCAGGGCUGAGAUCGCCAUCAACGUCCAUUUAGAUACUCUGAAAAAAGUGCGUAUUUUCCAGGAUUGUGAAGCCGGUCUGCUGAUUGAAUUGGUGCUCAAGCUGCAGCCACAAGUGUUCAGCCCAGGAGAUUACAUCUGUAAGAAGGGAGAUAUUGGCAGGGAGAUGUACAUCAUCAAGGAGGGGAAGCUGGCUGUGGUGGCCGAUGAUGGGGUCACUCAGUUUGUCGUGCUCAGUGAUGGCGCAUACUUUGGGGAAAUCAGUAUUUUGGGUAUCAAGGGCAGUAAAGCAGGCAACAGGAGAACAGCCAACAUCAGAAGUGUCGGCUAUUCUGAUCUCUUCGCCCUGUCCAAAGAUGACUUGGUGGAAGCUCUUACUGAGUAUCCAGAUGCCAAAAAAGCUCUGGAGGAGAAGGGAAAAGCCAUCUUGAUGAAAGACAACCUGAUCGAUGAGGCAAUCGCCAACGCUGGUGCUGAUCCAAAAGACCUGGAGGAGAAGAUUGUGAAACUUCAGGGCAACCUGGACGUCAUGCAGACAAAGUUUGCCAAGCUGAUGGUGGAGUUAACCUCCAGCCAGACGAGGAUGAAGCAGAGGGUCACAGAAAUGGAGACCAAAGUGAAAUCCAUACGACCCGAGGACCUGGCAGAAGUGAUGGCCGACAAAGACAAUAAAGUAAAGUAAAAAUAAAAAGCUACUUGAGGACUUUAAAGGGAAUGAAGGAAUUUUCACUUAGAAUACUUUUUAAAGGCCCAUGUUUAUAUCUAUUUAUACGUCUCUGUUCAUAUUAUCAUCAUAAUGUGUCAAAACAUGUACAGCAAAUGCAUAUUUUUGAGUGUAUUCUUCACAGUAUUGAAUUUAUUUAUUGAUAAUUUCAUGUUGUCAUGAACUUCAUGAGUAUGUUCAACAGAGGCACUUGUGUAUGCAAGAGGUUGGCUUCCCACAGCCUUAGAAUAAUGACUUUUUUUAUUUUUAAUGCAAAUACAGGAUCAAACAAUCCGUUUGAGACUGUAUGUGAAUGUAAAAAAUACAUUGUAAUGCAGUGAUGUCCAUAAGUUAUUGUCA